AUGGUGCCACUGCUCAAAGCAAUAGCGCUUCUGGCGUGUGUUCAGCUGGCAGCCAGAAUCGCCGAUGUCGGCUUGACGCCGUACUCCUUGAUCAGACCGGUUCUCAAGCGCAUGAACCUGAAGCAACUAGCCCUUGUGGAAGAGAACCUGCCCACGGUAACACCCGAGUCCGACGAAGUCUGGGGGCUUCUUAUAGAAAAGGAUUUUCCUGACCGUCCAGUGCCAGGCGCCAGGCAGGACUUGGUGGUUGGCGAGACGGAAAUGCCCAAUAAGGCGUUGUACCAGCGGUACAUGGAAGAGAGAGACCAGUUCAGAGCCACCCUGACCCAGAGACUACGAAAGAUGACCGAAAAGCUCCAGAAGGAGAAGCUGAAAAACUCCAUCACGCCCAUCCCCAGCAUCAUCAGAAACACGCCCAUACGACGGAACUACCGUACAAGUCAGGUCCGCAACUACAACACAGAUCCCAAGUUUUCUAGCAAAACGAUCAUGGGCAAGGCCAUGCGGGACAUGCAGCAGCGGAAAUUGAUGUUUGGGCCGAACAAGAGGCCUGUUUUUGAUAUGUACUCGGAGUUUAAGGGUCCUCGAGCGCCGAAACCUCAGAAACCACCGCAAUUGCCUCGUCUGAGGCUGCUUCAUCAGCCGCAAGAGGCACCACGGGCUGGUUCGCCGAAAAAUCCGGAUAUUCAAAAGCUGCCGCCGCCUCCACAGGAUCAGGUUUCUCCUCGAAAGCGGCCUGCUCCUGGUAUCUUUGUGCCUAAGAAAAAGAUGCCUCCUAGAAUGCCACGAAUUCCGCCAGAGAGGAAACCAAAGCAGAAUGUCAAACCUGAGGCGCCUCCAAUCAAGAAGACCGAUAAGGUUCGCCUGUCGAUCUUCCACUAG